AUGGCUGCACACCAGCCUUUGUCUACAUCUUAUGAGCUAUACAGCAGAGUUGGGUUUCACCAGAAUGCUCUCGGAUGCACCUCUGGACUGAACCCAGCCGUCCCAUGCUUAAUCUUCUCUCUUCCCCCCCCCCCCCCCUCCUCUCUUUCUCUCUCUCUUUCUGUCCGCUUUGCAGAAUCUGGACAAUCGGAUAACUCCAACCAACAAGGAGAAGCAGACAUCAAACCUCCGCCCAAUGGGCACUUGAGUUUCCAGGACUGCUUCGUGACGUCAGGCGUAUGGAACGUGGCGGAGCUGGUCCGUGUGUCCCAGACACCAGUUGCCACAGCAAGCGGACCCAACUUCUCUCUGGCCGACCUCGACAGUCCAGGAUAUUACAACAUCAACCUGGGUCGCCGCUCCAUAACGUCCACACCAUCGACCAGGACUGAGAUGGAGUUGUAUGCCAGUCUCCCGCGGAGCUCCAACAAGCGUAAAUCGAUUGAUGACAGUGAGAUGGAGAGCCCGGUGGAUGAAGUCUUCUAUUCGGGCCGUUCCCCUGCCCCUGGAGUGUCCCAGGCCAGCGGCUGGCCCAAUGAUGUUGAUGCAGUGCAGCACCAUUUGGCCAGUAUGCAGGAGAGGAAGAUAAAACACGAAAGCGAUGGCGUGCAGUUUCCUUACCAUGGACUCUCUUCGCCUGGUUCUCUUAAGAAGUCGGGGAAAUUCGAUUUCAGCGCUCUGUCCGGCCAUACGAGGUCUGCACGCAUGCCGUUCACCCAUCACCCGCUGCCCAUGCUGGCAGGUGUAAGACCAGCAGGAAGUCCCCGUGCCUCAGCUUCCUCCCUGCACUUCCCCUCACCCUCCAUCAUCCAGCAGUCCAGCCCAUACUUCACCCAUCCCACCAUCCGAUACCACCACCACCCGGGACAGGACCCGCUCAAGGAGUUUGUUCAGUUUGUGUGUGCCGACGGAUCAGGACAGGCUAGUGGUCAGCCGAACGGGAGCGGCCAGAGCAAAAUGCCAGGCUCCUUCUUGCUGCCUCCACCCCCCCCUGUGGCGCGUCCAGUGCCCCUCCCAAUGCCAGACUCUAAAUCCAGCAGCACGCCCCCCGAUGGUGGACUCACCUCACCCACAUCUCCGUCAUACUCCACGCCAGGCUCCACAGCUCCCAACAGGUUUGUCAGCAUCGGAUCACGGGACAACAACUUUCUGAACAUACCCCAGCAGACGCAGUCAUGGUUCCUUUGACGAGGUCCUGCCUGCAACCUGUCGACACAAUUUGGAAGUUUAAUGACAAAAAAAAAAAAUCCUCCUCUUUUGAAAAUCCCCUCCGACCCGAAACGCACCCUAAGAAACGUGAGCAGCAUAUGAUUAGGAAACGUUUGACCCUGUAUUAGCCAACCGUCAGACGCCCUUCAACCUCCGAAAAAGACUUUCAGAUCACAGCAGGAGGAGAGGGACCGACACGCACCUACAGCACCAAACCAACGGCAACAGAGGAGCAAGAACCCGGUGAACACAGACACAAUAUGUUACUAGGGACAAGGAUCUAGUGUACAGUGGCUGGGAUUAUCAACAGUUUCAGUGGUGAGGAUUCAGACACAACAAAAACCCAAGAUUUUGACCAAUUAAACUUCAGAUUUUUGUUUUCAAAACACUUAAACGUGCUGACUUUCAGCAUCCAGGCAACACUAAAUAAUGAGAGCCCCUGACGUUUUACAAUUUUAGCUUAUAAGCAUGCAGUAGAAACGUCUUUUUUUCCCUUUUGCAGUCAAUUACUAAACUAACUACGAACAGCAGAAGUAUUGCACUACAGUAAUGCGAAGAACACUAGUUUGACGUGCACUAUUGAAAAUGGGAUCGACGGCAGACGUUAUUUGCACAUUUUAUUGCGGAGGAAAAUUAACCUGGCACACUAAAGCUACCCAGAGACACGGUCUCAUUUUCAAGCCUCAAAUUCAAUUUUUUAAUAAAACAAAAGUUCAUUUUAGGUGUUUAGUGCCAACUAGACAGCACCAGAUUUUACAUCACAUUCACCAAAUCUGUCUUGAUGUCUUGAACCUGAUGAGAAAUCAUGAUCACGUGGAUUCUUAUUAAAGGGAUAGUUCACCCAAAAAUGAAAAAUGUCAUUAUUUACUCACCCUUACUCAAGUUGUUCCAAACCUGUAUGAGUUUCUUUUUCGGUUGAACACAAAGAUGAUGUUUGGGAAAAGGUAACAACCAAACAGUUGAUGGUAGCCAUUGACUCCUAUAGUAUUGUUUUUUCACACUAUGGAAGUCAAUGGCUGCCGUCAAAUCCUUUUCAGUUUUUGGUGAAUUAUCUCUUAUAAAUGACUAGAUUUGCGCUUUGAAGUUUCGCCGAUCAUUUUUACAGUCAUGUGACUGAGCUCAACUUUAAAAUCAUUCGUUUGGGGAUAAUUUUUUAUAAUUUAAUAAAAAAGUUGUGUAUUGACAAUAGAGUAGUGAUGCACGAAACACUAAAUUCGCUGGUCAACAACAAAUUUGUUUGACAAUCUUGAACCUAAAUCGAAAUCUGCCAAGUGAUUAUUAGUGAUUAGUUUUCUAAAUUUGAAUUCAUGAGGAAUCCUAUCAGAAUGACUAAUUUCCCCUGCAAAAUUUGACUAAAUGUGACCGCACCUUUGCAGCCAUGUGACAGUUCAAAUUUUUAAUUGUAAAAAAAAAUAAUAAUAAUCAUUGCAUUCUUUUGUCAUUUCAAAAUCAUUUCUCUCUGUUUUAAAAUUUAAGCCAUAUGUCUGAACUUUGUUUUAAAUAGUAAAACUUUUAAUUAGAAGUAUAAAAAUAAAUUACGUAAUAAAAAAUAUUUUCUAGUAUUUUUUUUUUUACUAGUCCCAGCCAGUAAUUCUGUCAUUUAUAAUGGCUGUGAAUUAAUUUCAUCAUUGUAGCGAGGCAUAAUAAGAGUCCUUGAUUCAUCAGCACUAAUAAAGACGGCUCUAGACACGCCCACUUCUGUUUUGUUUACGUACCUGUUUACACUCCCAGAAGUCCAUGUUCCAAGAACAAGUGACCUUGCUGCGGAGCAAAAGAAUGUGUGACAUAUCAUAGCCGUGCUCAGAGGGAGGUGGGCCACUCGGACCGCUUUUAUUAGACGCCACAUUUCACCAUUCACUUCAGUAGAUUUACUCUAAAUUUGGUAAGGUUUCAUCAUGGCUGUCUGCAUAUAAACACACUCUCCUCCGCAGAUUGACUACAAAGGGAAGCCUUUACAGUAGGGCGAACUUCAUCCGCUGAUAAAGUUGUUUUUCAACACAGCUGUAAUCGGUAACCUCACAAAAUAACUGGACUGCCUGACCAUGUAUCUCACUGCAGGGAAACUUUGUUGCCGGAUGGCGGCCGUGUCAUCGCUUUGCUAGAAACUAACACGAGAAUCGUGAUGGCAAUGGUCUUUUCUUUUCUAAUCAAAGGAAGUGCCUCUGUAUUCCCAUUAUGCAAUUUGUUAAACAUGAAUUCAGGUUAUUUUCUUGCAUAUAAGCUAUAGAGGAGCGUGAAAUUUUUAUGAAAAAAAAAAAAAAGAAAACAAGCGUCGGCUCACUAGUUACAAACAUCUUUAUAUAUACAGGAUAUAUCCAUAUAUAUUUAUAUAUACAUUUUUUUUCUUAUUUGCCUAAUAAGCUCAGUGGCAGUCUAGUUAUUUUUUGAAGUAUGACAUGAUCAUAAAUCAGAUAUUCGUUCAGAAGUACCAGUCCCGAAAAACCCAGUUAACUGCACUUAAUAAUAAUUAGAGAGAAAAAAAAAUAAAAACAAACUGGAGGAAAUCAGAUUUCCGCUGAAAAUGUAUCAAUAGCGUAGUUAUAAAAAUAAAAAAAAUGCACGGCUUUUGAUUUCUUUUGUGUUUGGACAGGAAGUAUUUGUUAUUACAAAAUAAAGUGUGUUGAUUGAGCCAUGUGCAAUGCCUUGGGUAGAAGCUGUGUUUGUCUCAUUGUUAGGGUGUACAGGAAAGCGUAGCGGUGAAAAUCCUUCUAUUAUGUAAAGUCCACGCUGUCCGGGACUCUAAACUACAGGGCAGAGAGAGUGAGAGAAAGAGAGGACACGCUCUUUGUAAGUUUUGGGAAUUUGUUUUGUAAGCUUUCCUUUUUUCUGCUUUUUUUUAUGUUUAUUUGUAAUAAUUUGUUCUCAAAACUUAAGGAGGGCUGAAGAAGCAGUUUUUUGCGACACGUCAGAAUAUAUCACUAAAUAAAACAGGUGCUUUUUAUGGAUCAAAGUACGCUCGAUCUCUAUUAUACAUAAGACGACGAAAAAUAAGUGUUAUCAAGACAAAUUUUAGAAGAAAAAAUGUUACUCUUUCCUUUUUGUAUUUAGUGAAGGUGGGGGUGGGGGGGGGCGGGGUUCAUCGUGGACAAGGUUGUGACAAAAGGCAUUUUUCCUCCAACCUUUUCUCCGAAGCGAUCAAAGAAUGUCGACUGAUGACGUCCUAAGAGGUUUUACGACUUUUAACUAGCUAAAAUGCAGGAUUUUUCCGGUAUUUUUGACUUCAUGCUAUGCAUUCCAUUUUUCCAGGACUUCCAUGCUUUGGAUCGCCCGAACCACCAUAGUCUUUAACAAACUUCCCGUCUGAACUUCGCUGGCUUUUUGUACAUAGAAAAUUUUGAAUUUGUGUGAAAGGUAUGACAAGAUCUUCCCUGUUUAUGGGAGAGGCUUUAACACAGCUCGAAUAAACUAAAAUGCUUGUUGUAAGCUAGAAAUUUUGGAGUAUGAAGAGAGAUGGGAGGUGUGAUGUGGAUUUGCUAACUUUUAAACUUGUGAAUCUCACACAAAUUUUCAAGACAUUUUUGUCUACAGAGCCACGCACAUGACACUAGGACAACAGUAUGUUUAUCAUAGCCAUGAAUUAAGAAUUUGUUCCCACGUUUUAUUCAUUUAUUCUCGCGCUUUAGUUAAAUUGUGGUUGUGGAUUAAGAAAUUAAUACCCUCGUUUUCAUAAUCAGGAAAUUGCUAAAAAGUGGCCACACACAAGGAAGCAAACAAGUAAAACAUGGCUACGAUUUAUGACAAUGAGUGAGCUAAUUUGCCCAACAUGGCGCGAUUUACAAAAACAAGGAUAACGAAUUAGCACAACAUGGCCAAAAUUUACAAAAAGCAAGUGAAUAAUUUUGUACAAAGACGCCACAAUUGAGAAGAAUGAGGGAUCAAAUUUGUACGUGGUUACGAUUUAUGAAAAUGAUGAAACAAAUUAGUACACUGUGGCCAUGAUUUACGAAAAAACAGAGCAGUUAUAACAUGACAACAAUGUACGAAAACGUCAGAACAAAUUAGUACAACAUGGUUAUGAUUUAUGAAAAUAAGAAAACUUAAGUCACAGAAGCAAAUUCUUAAUUUGUGGGGAUGAUUUUUUUUCUACGUCUUUUGUGGGGCUCUGUAGAUUUCAUUCAGAAAUCAUAAAGAAAAAAAUAUAUUGUAAUGUCAUUUGCUUUUGACAAAAUAUGAAAACAAAAUAUAAUUUGUCUUUUGAUUUUGGGGUGAAACGUGAUUUAUUUUCAUAAAGAGAUUUACCCAAACUGAUUCCCAAACAAAGUCAGCGACCAAUCAGAAAGAGAGAGUUGGAAUUGAACCCCUCCCCCCUGAACGCGCAGCGCCCUCUACUGGCCCCUGUGUAAAUGACUCUAAAUAUUUGUUUUGUGAUCUAGUGUUAGACUCAGAGCAUCAUAAAGGUUGUCCCUAAAAAGUGCCUUUUGUUCACAGACACCAUCUUGUAAUCCUGAGUGCCCAUCUCAAAAAAAAAAAAAAAAAAAAAUAUCCCCUCGUUCAACCUUCUGUAUUUCUCCUUCCGCGACUUCUUCAAAGCAGUAUAUAUAGUACUAAAGGAAAUCGGUGUGACUUAGUUCCUCUUUUUAUUGUUGAAUAAUUAAGAAAACUGUAAAAAAUAGAAAAAAAUGACACAAAAAAAACUUUCUGUCUUGCUUUUCCUUCAUCUGUAAUCUUGUCUUCUGCCUCUUUUGGACACUGGAGUAGUCUAUAGUUGCAUAACCAUCGCCCUUUUCCCUGUGCCCCUUUUCUCUGAACGGAGGGGUUUUAAAAUGUACAAAAAAAUAAUAAUAAAGAAAAAAAGAAAAAAAAAAAUGUCUGAGCAGAAUGCAGUUAGCUCACAUGUUAUUCUUGUCUGUACGCUUCACGUUGUAUUCAUACCGAUCUCUUCAGCUUCUCCAUUGAACAGUUAAUGUACGUGAACAAGUUACGCCGGUGAGCUCUGGUGGGCCGUCCGACAGACGGGCGUUUCAGCUGGACGCGGUUUGCGAAAACAAUAUAGAGGCCGACUGCUGAGGUAGAAUAGGCGAGUUUUUGAGCUAUUUAUUUCUUUUUUGUUACCAAAUUAAUUUGAUUUGCUAUAAUCUGUUUGUAUUGAUAUUGCAUUGAGAAUCUGUAUUGAUGAUGCACCUUUGAAUGGUUGUACGUGACCAGAUACUUAAAAAAAAAAAGAAAAAAAAAAAGAAAAAAAAAGUUCCUGUUAAGAUGAAGCACCUUAAAAACGGAGUGGUUUCAGCCCAGGGAAAGCGACAGUUUCAAAGCGACCGCGAGCCCAGCGUUACGAGCCAAACUCAUUGACCAAAAUAAUGCACGCCAUUAAAAACCUGAGCGAAACUAAAAUUAACUUAAACUCACCAGCAAAAGCCAACGUUGUGCGCUUAACGACAACUUGCUUUCUCCCUAAAACAAAAUAUGCAAUUGUUCCACUUUCCCGAGUCCGUGAAGCCGGCGUCUGUGUUGGCUUUGAUUUAUUAAUAACUGUAAUAAGUGAAAGCCAUAGCGACGAACACGUGUUUGCCGCUCUCGUUGUCCCUCCCUGGUACUGACCGUCCAUUUUCUUUCUUUCGUAUUUACUUUUCUAUUUUUUUUUUUGUUGAGCGGGACAUUCGGAUGAGUUUAGAGUAGCAUGAACCCUCGGCGGCUCCGUCUUGUUUGAACUCGUCAUGCGGCGCCCUUCUCAGUCCACACGCCUUCCAGAGCUCAUGGUGAAAUGCAUGUGUUGAUUACAAUUUCUUUUCCAUAAUAAGAAAAACAAGUAAGAGCAGCACCUUUAACUGAUUGAAUAAAAGGAUGUUCUUGAUUGUAA